CAGAGGACGCCACUCCGCAGCAUCAGCGGCAUCAACAUUGGUCUUCCGUAUAAUGUUUUUUAACCAGCCCCAAAUCUUUCUGAGGGAGAAAAGGGAAACCUUGUUGCUGCCUGCAUUUGGAUGUAGAGAGACUCUGUUUGGCACGGACGGUGUGCAAUCGAUACUGCAUCUGCUCAGCUGCCGGCUUCGCACAGCAGCAGGAACAAUGAGAGGAGUCUUGGACGGAGCGCGCCGGUUGCCCCGCCAACACAACUGGGGAGGCGUGGCCUUCGCCCACGACCAUUGGUGGAAGCCGAGGCGCGUAGACGAGCACACCAACGCCAACUGGCUGGAGCUGCGUGACGAGGCCGAUCUUCUGCGCGCCGAUUGGCUGUGUUUUUCCCUGAUGGAAGUCGAAUGUGUCGCACUGAAAGACCUCACAAGUCCAAGGAAAAGUUCCACGGCGGGGUCGGAGGAGGAUGGGGGCGAAACCGAACAGAAGGAAAACAUCUGCGCGGAGAGGAGGAGAUCCACGCCGCUGAAGUCUGCCGAGUCUGCCGCCCACCCUCUGCUGAUGAACAGAAAAGGUGCCACAGCCGCCGGCGACCUGGCCCACGUCACGCCCAUCAAACGCACCGCCCUCGCCGAGCCCUGGACGCCCACGGCCAAUCUGAAGAUGCUGAUCAGCGCGGCGAGUCCAGACAUCAGAGACCGCGAGAUGAGAAAGGUGCUGUUUCGGCCCAUAGAGAACGAGAAGGACAGGCCAGCAAGUCCAGACACUGCGGCGGAGGUGGAAGACUCAUGUCAAUUUGAAGCUGUGGACGAAGAGGACGAGGUGGAGAAAAAGCCGAGCAGGAAGCAGAAGAGUCUGGGGCUACUGUGCCAAAAGUUCCUGGCCCUCUACCCCGAUUAUCCACCACCUCACAGCCCCAUCUGGAUCUCACUGGACGAGGUGGCAGCCAACCUGGGAGUGGAGCGGCGGCGGAUCUACGACAUCGUCAACGUGCUGGAGUCUCUCACGAUUGUCGGCCGCAUAGCCAAAAACAGUUACACGUGGUAUGGGCGCCAGCAGCUGGAGGCCACGCUGGAAGAGCUGCAGCGAAGGGGCCGGCAGCAGGGCUACCACCUGCAGAUGGAGCUGGCUGCCGAGGCCAGGGCGGCCGGGCCGGGGCGCGAGGAUGACGGCGGGGAAGGGGACGCAGGCAGCGGUAAUGAACAGAGAUCUGGUGGCAACAGGAAAGACAAGUCUCUACGCAUCAUGAGCCAGAAGUUUGUCAUGCUGUUCCUGGUUUCCAAAACUCAGACUGUUACUCUGGACGCCGCUGCAAAGAUCCUCAUCGAGGAGAGUCAGGACUCAUCCAGUCACAGCAAGUACAAAACUAAGGUGAGGCGACUGUACGACAUCGCCAACGUCCUGACCAGCCUGGGCCUCAUAAAGAAGGUGCACGUCCGCGAGGAGAGAGGCAGGAAGCCGGCCUUCAAGUGGCUCGGCCCGGUCGAAUUCAAUAACCAGGGAAAUGCCGGGAAUGCUUCCAACGUGGCAGCCGUCGCUCCUGACGCCAAACAGCCAAUGGCGGCCCAGGACCCCAGACGAGCCCGGAUGGCGCGCCACGCCUCGUUCAACAUCACGCCAACUUCUGUGGCUGUCCAACGGCAGGUCAACUCUGCCCCCUGCAGCCCCAGACCAGAGCUAACGGGUGUGCCGAAUCAGCCCGUGGAUUAUUCCAGAAAGACGGCAGGCAACAGCGCAGUGUGUCGACUGCAGUUUGGAAAUGGCUCUGAUAUCCGUCCCGGUGCAGCACUGCAGACCCACAGCAGCAGCAUCAGCAGCAGCCAGCUGCCUCCGUCCUCCACCCCAAUGAAACCUCCGCUCCACCCUGAGUACCUCUUCACCUCUUCCUCCUCUCCCCACUGCUUGGCCUAUCUGCCCAGCCUGUCUCAGCCCUCGGUGGUCAUGCUGUACCGGCCACUGGACACGCCUGACCCGAUGCCCGAAGGUCAGCGGUCACCCAGGUUGGAGUCUGGGGAGGGGAGGAAGAGGAGGAGGGAAGGAGGAGAAGAUGAGGACUCGGCGGUGGAGGUGAAAAAAAAAGGAAUGUCUGCAUUAGAGGAAUGUGAAAAGGUGAGAGCUGAACCUCACAGGGAAGCAGGGGAGUGUUCACAGAUGGGUACGACCAGAACUUCUACGAAUCCACCGCCGGGCCUCCCCAGAGCAUUCGAUGAAAGUCAAGGUGGCAGCAACAGCAGUGAAGCCGCCCAGCCGUCACACUACCUCUAUGUACCCAACAAUGCAGGUCUGAACAGCCUCAACUUCUUCCUCUCUGCUGGCCAGCCACCCGCCAGUCUAGCACUUCCUCCCAGUGGCGCUCCUGCCCUGGCGCUGCCCUACGUCCUGCUGCCCUCCUCCGCCCUCUCCCACUACUCUCUGGUUGCCAACGGUGUACAACAGCAAGGCUCGGACCCCCGCGGUCAGCUCAGUUUCAGUCUGCCCGCCAUGAUGUCGCCCGCCCACUUCACAGUGAGGCCGGCGCCUCACAGCUUGACGGCAGCGGCGGCGGCAUCGGACAUCAGCUGGUCGCCGGUUCUGUCGCCGUGCACCCCAGAGCAGAGCAGGUUGUGCGGCUCAGCGGCCGGCGCUCCACAUUCACCCCCGGGCCCACGACAGACUGUCAACAUCUGCACACCAGAACCACUGACUCCACAUACUCCAAAGGACACCACUGCGUCUGCCUCUAAGGCUUUCUUCCAGACCCCGUGCACUCUGGGAGGUGUAGUCAGCGCUGUGCCGGCUGCCCGAAAACGAGGCUCUGCCCAGAGGAGGCUGGAUGUCGGCCACCCACCAACCAGUUAAAGAUCUCAAUGGAAUAUGUGGUUCAUGUACCUUUUUAUUUUAACAUCCAGGUGCUGGUUCUUAAAGUGAAAAAAAAAAAUGGUUUCAAGCCAUUGGUGCUUUUUUUUUGUAGAUAAAUCAAUAAAUUAAGAAUUUCUUUCUGAAAAGUAAGAACAUGUUUUUUAGCAAAAGACUGUUUGAUGAGACCUUCAAGAGUCUCACAUUUUGCCAUUGACUGUAAAUGUUUACCAACUCUCGAGAAUCCUAUUUUGAAAUUAAGCUCUUCCACCAUUGCUCGUUAUGUGAACAGUUCAUUUGUGGCCCUUGGUUCUGUAAGCGGGCACCAGAUUUCAGAGUGAAUGAAUGAGUGAAGCCGUAUUGCCAUUGUACCAGUGCCCUCCUGUGGUGGGAGUGAGCCACUGCUGUAUUUUGGAUUUCACACAUAAUUUCCCCUCUCAGAUGUGAUCAGAGCUACCUAAUCCCCAAUCACUUGUGUAUUAUAGCCCAAUUGCUAUUUAUAUUUAAGCUUAUUUUGCUAAUAUAUGUUAAUUACAGGGACUGUAAUGGAACAUUUUUAUUUUUGAGCACUAAGCAUUUAAUGAAUGUACAUCUAAUUUUGAACAUUAUAGAAUUGAUUGUCUUUGAGAUGGCCCCUUCCGGUUCUGCUACAUUAUCAAGGUACAGUAGGAAAUGUGUUAGCUGCGGUUUUUACACUGAGCGAAGCAGACAAUCUGUGUCUUGGCUCAAUUCAGACGUUACUGUGAGGAGAAAAUCACUAAAGCCUUAAAUGUUUACAGCAAACUGUUGAAGAAAACACUUCUUGAAUGCACGGAUUUAUCCGUCAGGAAGACGUAUGUUACUGGUGCUUAGAAUUUACAACCAUAGUGCUUUAUGGUUAAAACUUAAAAGCCAAACCCUUUAGCUCCGUCGCUGAAGGACAAUAUGACGUGGGACACUGCUCUCAGGUACUUGAAUACUUGUGACUUUACUAGAAGUGGAUUGUUGAGAGAUAUCCGAGUACUGUAAAGAUUUUUCUAUCCAUAAUUUAUCCAGGGAAAGUAGACCUUACAGUAUAUGCUGUCUUUUUUUCUCAUUUUUUAACAUCAACAUUUGAAAAAGUCCAACACAUUUGGAAGAUUUCCAUUAUGACCACAAUCUGCUGUUGGAUUGAGAAGUCGUGGGUUCUAGUGCCUUGCUUAAAGGCACCUUGCCGAGAGACUGUCUGGGCCUGUGCAGGGAUUCGUAAUGACAAUGCUCUGGUGAUGGACCCACUCAAUCACUUCCGGGCGGCCCGGGCCAAAAAAAAAACGGUGCUUUGUAAGGGAAUCUUUCAGGAGAGCUCAGCAAUCUCACGCCAAAGUGUGCACAGGGAAUCCACUCUGAAGAGGUAUUGUCUUUAAUGAACAGUUAUAUUGUUUCUCUUCUUCUUUUUUUUUUAAAUAGUAUUCAUUGUGUCAUUUAAUACUACACAAUGCAGAAUGGUGCCUGUUGCUGUAUUGUUUUGAAAAAUGAAUGGUAAUUGCACUGCUUGUUAAAUGGCUGCGUCCACUGAUCCGUCUUACCUUUUACAAAACCCGGCGCUGUUCCUUCUCUCCAGUUCUGCUGUCUGUAGUUUUAUGGGCCCAAACUGGUUCUCUUCUGUAAGACUUUCACAAACUCUUGAUUAAAAGGUAUGACGCUGA